CACAACAUUACAACUUAGUCACUGAAUCCUCUGGUGUGUUAGAAUACAGACGUGUUCAGGUGGUGUUCUGACAGGUGUUUGUGUGUGUGUGUGUGUGUGUGUGUGUGUGUGUGUGUGUGUGUGUGUGUGUGUGUGUGUGUGUGUGUGUGUGUGUGUGUGUGUGUGUGUGUGUGUGUGUGUGUGUGUGUGUUGGUGUGUUUGUGUGUGCACGUGACCCAGUAGAGAAGCAGGUAUUCCGGCCGUCGGAGGGGCGGGACUCGCUGCUUCAGCUGAUCAAACUAUGUGAUGACCCGAAUCUGGUGGGAAUCAAACUGCUGGAAAACGUCAACGUGGUUCAACUGAGAGACCUGAGCUGCAUCGUGGAUCUGCUGAUCGCUGCUCACGACUGUUUCAGUCUCACCUGUAACAUGGAGGGAAUCGUCCGGGUGCUGCAGGCCGCCCGUCACCUCAGCCACACCUACCUGGCCCCGGGGGAGCACUACGGCCUGCUGGUGCGUCUGCUGACAGGCAUCGGCAGAUAUGAUGAGAUGACGUACGUGUUCGACCUGCUGCAUCAGAACCAUCGCUUCGAGAUGCUGCUGAGGAAGAAGGUGGACAUGGACCGAGGACAGAGCUCCAGUCUGAAGACGGCCCUGCUGGACUACAUCAGGCGCUGCCUCCCUGCAGACAGCGAGAAGCACAACAUGGUGGCGCUGUGCUUCAGCAUGAGGAGGGAGAUCGGAGAGAACCACGAGAUGGCUGCCAGGACGCAGCUGAAGAUCAUCGAGUCUCAGGAGUGGGUCGUCACGCCGGAUCUGAAGAGCUCAUUGGUCAAAGUGUUGGGUCUGUUGAAGGACGCAGCUGAGAGCUUCUCCAAGGACUCGUGUGUGCGUCAGGCGACUCGCUGUGUCCUCACAGCUAAGCUAGUCGCUCUUCAGCUCCACUUCCUGAACCAGGGCUCAGACGUACGUGUCAUCAACCUGCGACCUGCGGUGCUGCUGAACACGCUCGUCCAGCUGCCGCGAUGCUACCAGGUGUUUGUGGUGUCGGAGGCGUACGGCGUCAGUCCCGACUGGGCCGAGGUUCUGUUCCAGAAGGUGAUUCUGAAAGGAGACUUCGUUUACCUGGAGGAGCUGAAACGCCACCGCCCGCUGACCUCCGGCCUGUUCGAGGACAUUUUCAAGAAACUGGAGGGCGCUCCCAGCAGCGUCACUGUGCACGUGAAGCGCCUGCUGACGCACUGCGAGGACGUGUACAGCCGCUACAGACUGGCCUACCAGCAGAAACUGGACCACGUCACCAAAACCAUGCUGCAGGACGCAAAGACGUCCAACUACCUGAACGACAGACUGGCCAGCUGAUCCUCUGAGCCACUGGUCUGUCAAAGAAGAACUUUACAAAACUCAUUGAGCAAGUUUGUUCUCUUAUCUUCUGUGGAGAUUAAAAUCUGAUGCUCUCAGUGAAACAUCCCUGUUAGUUAAUAUUAAAAAGAUGAAAUGUUACAAGCUGAGAAUCAACAGAAAACCUUCAUGAAAACUUCUGUGAACAUGUAAAUUAAAGAGACUUUUUAAACGGC